AUGGCUGCUGCCGACUACUACAAUCCUGGUGGCCAGCAGUCCUCAGGCCCACCACCGGGCCCCUCCUUCCCUCAGCCAAGCAGCAACAACACCCACCUCAACCCGAACCCACCAUAUCCCAUGAGCGAUGCGCCUCCCCCGUACACAGCAUACGCAGAGCCGCCCAGACCACAUUCACAGCCUCCGCCACAGCAUAGACCACCGCCGAACGACCAGUAUUGGCAUCCUCCACCACCACCCAACGGACCACCACCAACUAAUGGAGGAUAUGCGCCGGAGAAGAGCAGCAGGCCUACACCUCAGUUCAAAGCCUCGGAUUUCACAGGGUCUGGUUCAUAUGCGCCUCAAAGCAGCCAACAACAACCGCAGUAUCAGCAGCCGCACGGCUACUUUCCCUUAGCUGGCUCUCCAGCAAUGCAGCAAGUGUUUGGGAACGGGAAUGCAGAUGCAAGCGGGCGAAGACCAUCGACUACACCCAGAUACAGACCCUCGGCUUCGCCAUAUCGCGAUGAUUACUACCGUGGCAGCUCAAGAUCGCGAAGUCGCAGUCGUAGCCGGAGCCGGCACAGAAGGCAUCACCAUGACAAAUCGUCGACACAGCGCAAGAAAUCAUCUGGCGUAAACACAUUCUUGGGCGCUGGCGGAGGCGCUAUACUGGGUGAUGCAAUCUUCCCCGGGCUUGGUACACUGGGCGGUGCGAUCCUCGGGGGACUCGGCGGGCACGAGUACAGCAAGAAGAAAAAGUCGCAUAGCAAUCCGCCCAACAAGAUGCGAGACAGGUCGUACAGCAACGACGGCGAAUACUACGAAGAUCGAAGAGGGCGGAAAUAUUGA